AUGUCUAUGAUCAAGACCGUCGGCAUUGUCGGAACUGGAGUUAUUGGAGCUUCAUGGACCGGUCUCUUCCUCGCAAGAGGAUUACGUGUUGUUGUCUCUGAUCCUGCCUCAGGCUCUGGACAGAAGCUCGACAAGUAUCUCAAAACCAUCUGGCCUGAUUUGAAGAAGAUUGGCCUCGCGCCUGGUGCUUCACUUGACAAUUAUCAGUUCGUUGGUGCUAGUCUCAAAGAUCAUUACUCCAAGGUCGAUUUUGUUCAAGAGGUAAGCCUAACUGUCUCGAUCUUUUGA